UGACCGCGUACCGAACAUGACCAACACGCUCAUGAGGCGCGUACGUUAGUGGCUUCUUGAAAUUGGUGUAACUUCGUGAAAAAUCUUUCGUUCAAUAUAAAACAAUACAGUAAUAUUUUACAUCCAUAUUUGAACAUUUUGUGUAUUCACCAUGUCGGAAACAGUGCAAGUUAUGUCCUGUCCCACAGGAGAAGAGGAGAUCGUCACCCUCCCUAGAAGAAAGAGUCUGGUGCGAUUCUCCGCGACCGACGACGCCGAGAGACCGAGGGCGAUCACCAGGAUACCCACGAGGGCGGAGUUGACGACCCUUACGAGGAUGGCGAAGAGACCCGCCGUGGAUAUCGAGUUCCAGGACCUCACCUACCAAGCAGGCCACCAGAGGAUUCUCAAGGGUAUAAAUGGCAUCUUCAAGUCCGGCGAGCUCACGGCCAUCAUGGGGCCCUCAGGAGCUGGGAAAAGUACACUCAUGAACAUCCUUGUGGGCUACACGUCUGCAGGAGUGUCAGGUACUAUCAUGACCAACGGGCAUCCACGGCAGAUGAAGCUGUUCAACAAGCUGAGCUCCUACAUCAUGCAAGAGGACAUGAUCCAACCCAGUCUGACAGUGCGUGAGGCGAUGAUGGUGGCGGCUCAUCUCAAACUGGGAGACGAACUGUCAACCGAGGACAAAGAACUGGCGGUGGUGGAGAUCCUAGAUACCCUUGGACUGUCGCAGUGUGCAGAGACUUCCACAGAGAGAUUGUCCGGGGGACAGAGGAAGAGAGUGUCAGUCGCUCUGGAGCUAGUCAACAACCCUCCGGUAAUCUUCCUGGAUGAGCCCACCACAGGUCUAGACAUAGUGUCAAUAAACAACUGUAUUCAACUACUGAAGGAUCUAUCCAGACAAGGGCGUACCAUCGUCUGCACCAUCCACCAGCCCAGCGCCACCAUGUUCCACAUGUUUGACGUGGUCUACAUGUUAGCUAGAGGGCAGUGUGUCUACCAGGGAUCUAGUCAUCAGCUGGUGCCGUUCCUUAGUCACUGUGGACUGCAAUGCCCACCUACCUACAACCCGGCAGACUAUAUUUUUGAAGUUCUCUCAUUAGACGUAAUCAAUUUGAUGACAUCAGAAAUACAAAAUGGUAGAAUUAUAAAGCUGGACCCCCAGACUGCUUCAGAACCGCCUAGAUCUAAGCUUUUGACUCAGGACACAACUCUAGGCAGUGAUUAUCCAUCAGGUCGUAAGGAGACGAUGGCAGUAAUGCCCCACGUUUACGGGGUCGAACCUGAAACUCUCCAGUUUCCUACCUCCUUCUAUCAGCAAUUCUGCAUCAUACUGAGCCGGCUACUCUUGCAGAAGAGGAGAAAUAGGACGGCCUUGUGGUUACAAAUCAUCCACCAUGUGUUCUCUGGACUUAUCAUUGGAAUCAUCUUCUGGGGCAUCGGUAACAACGCCAGUCGACCAUUCGAGAACUUCAAGUUCUGCCUGUGUGUUGUUGUCUUCAUGAUGUACACUUACGUUAUGUCACCUAUUCUAAUAAUGCCAACAGAGAUGAAAUUACUACGGAGAGAAUACUUCAACAGAUGGUACGGGAUCAAAGCUUACUACAUGGCUAGGACAGCAGUCACGAUACCAAUUACAUUCACACUGUGCAUGCUCUUCAAUGUUCUUGUCUACACCAUGUCAGAUCAACCCAUGGAACUUGCCAGAUUUCUCUGGUUCUGCUCUAUAACGACAAUACUCGCUUUUGUGUCUGAAGGCAUGGGAAUGCUUAUUGGAAUCAUCUUCAACUGCACAAACGGUGCAGUAGUUGGGCCAUCAGUCAUGGCUCCCAUCCUAAUGUUGUCGUACCUGGGGAUGGGCUACGGCGUCAGGACGGUGCCCUUUCAAGAGAUCCUGAUGAGGUUGAGUUUUCUGCGUCUCUCGCUGGUCGGAGUCGUGACGACUUUGUACUACCACGACCGAGCUCCCAUGGAGUGUAUCAACGACGUCCACCCUUACUGUCACUACCAGGACCCCUCGCUGCUGGUGCGGGACCUCGGCAUGGGAGGGGAGGUAACAUUGUACAACCUCCUCGGAAUGUUUGGAUACCUACUGCUAUUCAGACUUGCAGCGUACUUUGCUAUGAGGUUCCGUCUCACCACUCAGCUACGAAGUCACAUCAUCACCUAUGUUCACAAAAUCAUCAAGCAGAGAUAGUGGACACUAUCACCGUUCUCCAGUACUUGAGUACUUUGUUCAGCACUCGAGGACUUUGCUUGCUACUUGAGUACUUCAUACCGGGCAAGACUAUUAAUGCCUGUUGUCCCAUGUGUACAGCCAUUCAUCCUCAUGUUUCCUUAUAUUCUUUAUUUAUUGACAUCAUCUAUCUUAUAUUUUAUACAAGUACUUAAAAAUCAAAAUAUAAUAUGUAAUAUAUGUAAUAUAAAAUCACCCCUAGUGCCUGUAUUUGUUUCUGUAGUGAUUACUGUAGAAAAUGUCUAUGUCUAUACUAUUUCACUUAAAUGUAUUAAAUGUGAAAUGUUUUAUUAAUUUAACUGUUGCAUAUUGCAUUAUCAAUUUAAUUUAAGCUUUAUUUGGUGUAUUUUGUUGUUCUCUUACAGCUUUUGAUAAAUGUACUCAAUCAAAUGCAAAUAAAUCUUCAAAUACAUUACACCAUUAUUAAAUUAAAAUCUAGUAACAAAAUCAAACUUUGCUUUUUCCUAUCUGUUUUUACUUGUACUCAUUUCAACAAACCAUGAUAUUAUUUUUUACAUCAAAGAUCAUCAGACUGUUUUGUACAAAGUCACUGUUAGUAUUAAUUUAGUUAUAGAACUUAUUGUUGUUGCUAAUAAAAAAACUACUAAGUCUUCCUACAUCAAGGUACAGACGAUUUGUACAAUAAGUAGUUAUUUAAGGAUUUUUAUAUGUAUUGUAAUUAAUAAAUAUUACAUAAGACA